AUGUCGAAAAUCACAGUCGCCGGAGUGCGUACCAACGUGCAACAACUCCUUGAGUACUCCCUGGAGACCAAGAAGAGAAACUUCCUCGAGACCGUCGAGCUCCAAAUCGGUCUCAAGAACUAUGACCCCCAACGUGACAAGCGUUUCUCUGGAACCAUCCGUCUCCCAGUCGUCCCCCGCCCAGGCAUGAGCAUCUGUAUUCUCGGUGACCAGCAUGAUAUUGAUCGUGCGAAGCACGGUGGUGUCGACGCUAUGUCCGCUGAUGACUUGAAGAAGCUCAACAAGAACAAGAAGCUCAUCAAGAAGCUUGCUCGCAAGUACGAUGCCUUCGUCGCUUCCGAUACCCUCAUCAAGCAAAUCCCACGUCUCUUGGGCCCCGGUCUUUCCAAGGCUGGUAAAUUCCCAACCCCAGUCUCCCACAACGAGGAUCUCAGCGCCAAGAUCAACGAAGUCAAGUCCACCAUCAAGUUCCAGUUGAAGAAGGUCUUGUGCAUGGGUGUCGCUGUCGGAAACGUUGGAAUGACUGAGGAUCAAUUGAUCUCCAACAUCAUGUUGGCCAUCAACUACCUUGUCUCUCUGUUGAAGAAGGGAUGGCAAAACGUUGGCAGCUUGACGAUCAAGGCUUCUAUGUCUCCUCCCAAGCGUGUCUACUAG